CUGCCAUGAGCAAAGCUCACCCUCCUGAGUUGAAAAAAAUUAUGGACCAGAAGUUGUCAUUAAAAUUAAAUGACAGCAGACAUGCUCACGGAAUACUGAGAGGAUUUGAUCCCUUCAUGAAUCUGGAGAUAGAUGAAUGUACGGAGAUGGCAAAUAGUGGACAGCGGAACAAUACUGGAACGGUGGUAAUACGAGGAAACAGUAUCAUCAUGUUAGAAGCCUUACAGCCAGUAUAAUGAGUGUUUGGCAAAGAAAUCCACA